CGCUUUACUAGGGAGGGCUAUUGAUCCGCUCCGCGCACAUUUCGGCCGACGAUCGGAAGGUAGAGUGCCGCGGACGACGGGCCGCACGUCGCCCGUAAAUAUUCGUUCGGUGCAUUGUGAUCCCGGAUCUAAGGGCGGAUAAAAAAGGCAUCCCUUUAGCGCUCAGGUAGCAGCGUGGCCGAAGAUGGUCGGUGGAGUGACGGAGGGUGGACCCCUCAUUCGACCUGUCGAGCCCGUCUCGACGGCGACGCUGGUGACGCUAUGUCUCGGCGCCGCUUUCUUAUUAUGCGCCGUCGCGAUGACCUGGUGGCUCUGUCGACGGCGUCGCGAACACACCAAGCUAAGCUCCGACAAGUCCCUGGCGUUCAGACCGCCGCACCGGAAGCCGACAGCGGUUAAGAGUCCCGGUAGCACGAGUCACUAUUUGAAAAAAAGCCCAUCGCCGACGGGACCGGCCAAGAGUCCGCCCGGCUCCGGCGGACAAACGCCGAGUCCGACCGGAUCUCAGUCCUCGAAUCCCGCAUCUCAACCCAGAACGCCGCAGGGCGCAGGUACGCCGGUACAGACACCGCCCGUCGAAGUUACUGUAAGUAUAGAGAAUGAGCGCGACAAGGCUGAGCUGGAAAAUAACGAAAAGGUUGAGCGUGAGAAGAGUCAAACAGCGGAAAAUAACAAGGAUAAUUUGGGCCAGCUGGUCUUCAAGCUGCGAUAUCGAAGCGAACAGAACACGCUUGCGGUGACGGUGGUGAAAUGCAAAGGGCUGCCCGCCAGGGGCCAGCAGAACGCAACCAGUGAUCCUUAUGUCAAGCUGCAAUUGCUGCCCGACAAACAGCAUCAUGUAAAAACUAGAGUCCUCAGAAACACUAGAGAUCCGGUGUAUGAUGAGGAUUUUACGUUUUUCGGCAUAUCACAGAGUCAACUUCAGAAAAUUAGCUUACACUUCAUCGUGUUGAGUUUCGAUAGAUACUCUCGCGACGAUAUUAUCGGAGAACUGACAUGUGCUUUGUCAUCAGUGCCCGGUUUAGAAGACGCGGAUAAUCAGGAGAUAUCUCUCUGUCGAAAAAUAUGCCCUAGAAGUUUGAAGAUACAGUCGCAAGGAAGAGGAGAAUUGCUGGUCUCGCUUUGCUGGCAGCCAGUCACUAGCCGCCUAACAGUAGUGGUGUUAAAAGCGCGAAAUCUACCCAAGAUGGACGUGACCGGACUCGCUGAUCCGUACGUGAAGAUUUACCUUCUGUACAAUCAGCAACGUAUCGCCAAGAAGAAGACGCACGUGAAGAAACGUACGCUCAGUCCGGUGUUCAAUGAAUCCUUCGUCUUCGAUAUACCGAAUGGCGCGGACGGACUCAACAACGUCAGCCUCGAGUUCAUGCUACUGGACUGGGAUCGAGUUACGAAAAACGAGGUAAUCGGGCGGCUAGAGUUUGGUGGACCAAAAUGUCAAGGUUCCGCUGUGAACCAUUGGAAGGAGGUAUGUAGCUCACCGCGACGACAGAUAGCCGAUUGGCACAAACUGCGGGAGUAACCGGUCUCUCUCCUGGCCCUAUAUACGUAUCGAGCUCGAGCUCCCACAUCUCCGAUUUCCUUAGAAACUCCAUAUCCUUCGCUAUGAAAUCACUGAUCCGACCCCUUGAAACCCUACAAGAUAAGGUAGGGAUGUCUGUUUUGUAAACCUAAUACUCAAUGUAUAUUAGGCUUGAAAUGAAUAGCUCGUCCACCCAUAAUCGCUAUCAUCGAGAGAGAUUUUCGAAUCCGUAAAUGAAAAUGGUAAUCACAAUGUUUAUAGUAAAUAAAUUUAAAAAAGUUAAAACAUACGAUAUCUCCCUUAAUUCAUUAAAGAUCACAAUAAUAAUAUAAAAAAUUUUACACUUUUUGUUUACAUAAAGGAUCUCAGAGAUUAAUAUCAGGAUUAUUAAAUAUUUAAAAAUUUAAAUAUCGAUUUGAAAUUAUAAAUAUUUUUUAUAUAUUGUUUAAAUAUUGUUUGGAAAUUAAAUAUCGAAAAAUUUAAAGAAAUAUUAAUUAACCCUAAAAUUUUUAUAUGUUCUGUUGGUAUAAUCAUACACGCGAUUACGGGAUGACGGCUUUCGCAGAAUGCUUUACAAUAUAAACAUAGACAUUAAGAUUCCCGACCAGUUGAUUAACGAGACUAUGGAAAAGAAAUGUUGAUGCGUGCGAAGCGGUCAACCUUUCGAUUCCUAGAUAUUGUGUCAUAUAGGUAAAUAUGAAGCAAAUAAACCCUUAUCUUCUACAGCGAAUUCGAAUAGAAUACACAAUAGUGUAUAUCUAAAAAAAAAUGGUCUUGCAUAGAGUGACAUAAAAACGUGAGUAUAGCGUAAAAUCGGUUCACUAACGAAAUGCUCAGAAUUUACGCUAGAUCAUUUCAAUGAUCGGGACGCUUUCGUGCAAUGCUUCUGCAUCAUGAUAAAUUUUAUGUAACAAUGGCUUUAAAAAUAUACACCAGUGAGCGCAUUUGACCGAAUUCGCUAUUAAUUUGCUCCAUUUUAUUUACAUGAUUAAUCGUAUUUCACAAGACCGCAGAGCAACGUAUCACGUUAAAGACACAGUGUAUAUUUUACGCAGCAUUUUGGCAUAACCAUAGAUUCUCGGUCCUAAAAGAGAAUAAUGAAAGAGGCCUCCCUCUUCCACUCCAUAUUUGCAAAGCUAGAAAAAAAGAUUUAAAUAAAGAUCUGUACAUUUUAACUUGUAUAGACAUUUAUGUGCGCACGCAAAAGAGAAAUUAUAUUUUUGUUUAACAUUAUUAUAUUUUCUUUUUUCUUUUUGUGAGUUGCUAAUAUUGCGAGUCCUCGAAACACGUUGCUUAUCCGCACUACAUCUAAAACGACGAAAAUAAUGAUUUUUCUUAAUUUUUUUUUUUCUAGAAACACGGUCUUUUAAAAUAAGAUUUCUUUAUUCAAAAACAUAUAUAUUCUAGAUUAUAUAUAUUCUUGACUUUUUUUACUGAAAAACCAUUAUCUCUGUUAUUUCAAUAAAUCUCAACUUAAAAUUUUGAGAAUAUUUUUAAAAUAUCAAAAAUGAAAAA